AACAAGUUGCCAAGGGUAAAGAUGGCUUCCUCGGUAGUGAAGUAAAUAACGCUCUCAAAAACUCUGCUAAACCUUAAUAUUCUAACCCCAAAAUGUGUCUAGACAGGAAGAGGUAGUAAAAUUAGAGACAUGGGUGCCGGUGCAAGCGUUUCAAGGCGUCAAUGGGAAACAGCUGAUUCGCAAAACCAAGAAAGAAGCCACGAUGAAUCGCAAAGUUUGCCUGUCAAAGACAUGGCUGGGAUGGCCAAGUUAAUGGAAGCUAAGAACAAGUUUAUGAAGAACAAAAAGAAGAAUGCGGCGUGUUUCCAAAAGGAGCUUGCAAGUACUGACCUGAUAAAAGAGAUGUUCAAGCGCAUGAAUCCAACCAUAACCCAAGCAGAUAGUGGUGACAUCAAAGGUGAUGUGGAACUGGCCUUAAAGUAUAACCACAGGGAGCAGUUAUUACUUGUAAAGGUUAUUCGUGCCAGGGACUUGGUUGCAAGGGAUCUGAAUGGAAAAUCUGAUCCUUAUGUGGUUCUUGAUCUUGUUCCAGAUAGAUUUGAAGAAGGCAGCAAAAAGACUAGAUUUAAGCAGAAGACUUUGAACCCAGUUUUUAAUGAAAUCUUUCAAUUCAAAUUGUCUCAAGCUGACAUGGCAAACACUAAACUCCGUGCAACAAUAUGGGAUCAUGAUUUCUUUGGUGAAGAUGAUUUUAAUGGUGAAGCUGUUGUGGACCUGUCUAGAAUCUAUCUUAACUCUGGGACACAUACUGAUUGGUACAUGCUUCAGCUCCAGACUGAUUUCAGCAUCACUGGUACACUUGAUGUUACUCUAGAAUACCAAGAUCCAGACACACUUGUCUUGACUGUCAACAGUGCAACGAACCUAAAGCCAUCAAAUACUAUUACUAAUACAUCAGACAGCUAUAUUAGAUGUUCAGUGUCAGGAUUGAAAUACAGUGAAGACACCAGGGUUAUAAAAGACACACUGAACCCAGUGUUUGAUGAGACUUUUGAGUUUGAAUUGCCAAAAGAAGAAUUAUCAUCAAGGUCAGUACUGUUACAUGUAUUUGGCAAAGCUCUUAUUGGUGAGGACAUGUCAUUAGGUCAGGUUCAUAUUGAACUUGGAAACCUCGACUUAGAUGAUGAAGAGCCUUGUAGAAAAGUUCUGCCCUUGGCUGAUCUGAAAAAUGCUUCUCUGAAGCGAGCAGAAUGGGCGCAAAAUGCCGUAGCGCAAGAGUUCAGAGAAGCCAUGUACGCCCAUGCUAUGUAUAAAUAUCCCACUUUUGUUUACUCUAUAAAAAAGAAAGGAAGAAAGCUUUAUUCGGUCAGUAGUCGGAAUGCUGGUUCGUCUUCCAAGGUUUUCCUUGUUAAUGGUAUCCCUGUAUAAUUACCAUACUGCGCACAAAACGUUAGUAUAUCUAGUCUUCUAGUCUGUUGACGGUAUCCCUGUGUAAUGACCACACUCCCCGCAAAACGGUAUCCCUGUAUGAUACUACCUCUACAUGUACAUAUAUAUAUCUUAUGUGCGCAAACUGACGUUAGUACAGCUAGUCUGUUGACGGUAUCCCUGUAUGAUACCACCACUACAUUUACAUAUAUAUAUCUUAUGUGCGCAAACUGACGUUAGUACAGCUAGUCUGUUGACGGUAUCCCUGUAUGAUACCACCACUACAUGUACAUAUAUAUAUCUUAUGUGCGCAAACUGACAUUAGAACAACUAGUCUGUUGACGGUAUCCCUGUGUGAUACCACCACUACAUGUACAUAUAUAUAUCUUAUGUGUGCAAACUGACGUUAGUACAGCUAGUCUGUUAACGGUAUCCCAGUAAGAUUAUCACUACUAUAUGUACAUAUAUAUAUCUUAUGUGUGCAACUGACGUUAGUACAGCUAGUCUGUUGACGGUAUCCCUGUAUGAUACCACCACUACAUGUACAUAUAUAUAUCUUAUGUACGCAAACUGAUGUUAGUACCGCUGGUCUGUUAACGGUAUCCCUGUAUGAUACCACCACUACAUUUACAUAUAUAUAUCUUAUGUGUGCAAACUGACGUUAGUACAGCUAGUCUAUCGACGGUAUCCCUGUGUGAUUACCACCAUGUGCAAAACGUUAGUACAUCAGUAGUACUUUAUUUUCUCUCGCAACUUUUAUUUUCUCAUCUAAAAAAUCCUAGAGCGUACAACAUGGCCUAAUUUUGGCCACUGAUUGAAGAACUUGCACACACGAGUAACCAGUGCGCACAUUGUAGCUCAGCACGUGCUACUUAAUCCCAAUUGGUGGAUCACUUUUCCUAGCAUAAAUAAACAUAAUUAUCAUAGUCA